AUGGCGUCUUCCGACGACGAGGCGGAGAACUUGCCGGAAAGGGUCUCCACGUACUACUUCGAGGACCACGAUGACGAGCCGGUCUCGUUCUCCGUCCUCCCGGUGAGGUGGAGCGACGGGGAGGGCGGCGAGGAUGCGGCCGCCGUGGAGACCAUAUUCUUGCACGGGACUGCCGAUAAUGGCCUCAGGAAGAUUUACAGGGAGGUCAAGUCUUGGAGGUUUGAUCUCGGCAGCUCGAGGCCUCAAGUGUCGGUGCUCUCCAAGGACAACGUCUGUUUCAAGCUCGAUAAGCCGAGGAGGAGCUUUCAGGAUACGAUCAGGACCGUGCUGAUCACGUUGCACUGCCUGCACUACGCCAGGAAUCACCCGGACGCAUCCGGACGAGCGCUGUGGACGCACUUGGCUAGAACCUUGGGGUUCUAUGAGGUCCGGCCUUCUGCGAAGGAUUUGCAAGACCAUGUGGAGUUAAUUAAAGAGGCUAUAGGAAGGGAUGAUGCAUUGGCGAAAUCCAAGGUUCUGAACAAAUUAAUGGAAGAGAAGCCCUGGGAGAGGAGUAAAUCUGGCAAGAAUGUUGCAAACCCUAGUUUUGUCGUGGAUGAUACCGAAGAUGUUGGGAUGGAAGAUGUUGAAGAUGGGACCGCUGAGGAGGAUGACUGUUUUGAUUCUGUUUGUGCGCUAUGUGAUGACGGUGGUAACCUUUUAUGCUGUGAGGGAAAAUGUAUGAGGUCAUUUCAUGCUGCUGAAGAACAUGGUGAAGGCUCUUUUUGUGAUUCUCUUGGAUUUUCACAGCAUGAAGUUGAUGCAAUGCAAUCUUUUACGUGCGAAAAUUGUAUACACAACCUGCACCAAUGCUUUGCAUGUGGGAAGUUGGGGUCCUCUGACAAGUCUUCUGGUGCUGAUGUCUUCCAAUGCAUUUCUGCUACAUGCGGCCUCUUCUACCAUCCCCAUUGCGUAGCAAAAUUGGUCCAUCGCAGAGAUAAAGUUCGUGCAGAAACACUUAAGCUGAGGAUUGCUGCAGGAGAGAGUUUCACUUGUCCUGUACAUAAAUGCUGUGUUUGCAACCAAAUAGAAAACAAGAAGGAACAUAAUACUCAAUUUGCUGUAUGCCGACAAUGCCCCGAUUCUUACCAUAGAAAAUGCUUGCCCAAGGAAAUUAUUCUCAAAGGUUCAGAUGAAGAUGGGAUAACAAGGGCGUGGGAGAAGUUACUGCCGAACCGCAUAUUAAUUUAUUGUUUAAAGCAUGAUAUUGAUGAAGAGAUUGAGACUCCAGUUCGAAACCACAUCAAGUUUCCUACUAUUGGAGCAAAUAGGGAUGCGGUCGAACUGAAGAGGAAAAGACCGGCAUUGGAAUUACUCUCUGCCGGAGGGAAAGGUUUAAAGAAGAAACCUGUGGCUUUAGAAGACUCCUCGAAAAGAGCUUCAGAACAACAAUGGCUUGGAAAGGAGAAAUCUCCUUUUGCAAAGAAAAAAGGUGAAAAAGACAAAAAAGUGAAACUAUCAGUUGGACAAGAUAUAGCCAAGACAGUCAAAGCAACAAAUGCAUCCAAGAAAUUUCACAAGGAUACUGCCAAGCCCAGGUCUUUGAAGCCCAGCACAUCUUUUACCACGAGGGAGCACACUUCUUUGGGUGAAAGGCUGUAUACCUUCAUGACAAAACCAUCUGAGCAAAUACGACCUGGAAAACAAGUUGUACCAGAUAGUGAAGAGAAAAGAGCAGUGCAGCCCGCUUUCGAGAAGUCAGAUGACUCGCUUCCUACACUAGAUGCUGACACAGAGAGGAGGCUUUUGAAUAUAGUGAAAGAGGCUGAAUCUUCGAUAAGUAUGGCAGAUGUUAUGAAAAGGCAGAAUGUGCCAUCUACUCAUGCACAAUAUCAGAAGUCAACUGUUGAUAAGGCAAUCACUAUUGGGAAAGUGGAGGGUUCAGUUCAGGCUGUUCGAGCAGCUUUGCAGAGGCUAGAGGAAGGAGACAGCAAUGAAGACGCAAAAGCAAUCUGUGACCCAUAUGUUCUAGCCCAGAUAUUUAAGUGGAAGGGCAAGCUUGGAGUAUAUCUUGCACCCUUCAAAUAUGGUAUGCGCUACACUUCCUUUGGUCGACAUUUUACGAAAGUGGAUAAACUUCAAGAGAUUGUUAACAAGCUCCAUUGGUAUGUUCAGGAUGGUGACAUGAUUGUUGACUUCUGUUGUGGGGCUAAUGAUUUUAGUCGCUUAAUGGCCAAGAAGCUUGAAGAGACCGGAAAGAAGUGCUCUUACAAAAAUUAUGAUAUUUUUCCACCAAAGAAUAACUUCGAGUUUGAACCAAGGGACUGGAUGGCUGUCCAACUAAAAGAGCUACCUUCUGGGUCAAAUUUGAUCAUGGGGCUAAAUCCUCCUUUUGGAGUUAGAGCAGCUUUGGCGAACAAGUUUAUUGAUAAAGCUCUUGAAUUCAAACCAAAGCUCCUUGUUCUGAUUGUUCCAUCAGAAACUGAAAGAUUAGAUGAGAAAAAAUUUCGGUAUGAUCUGGUGUGGGAAGACGAACUAUUCUUGUCUGGAAAGUCAUUUUAUUUGCCAGGUUCCGUGGAUGUGAAGGAUAAACAAAUUGAGCAGUGGAACAAUAAGCCACCAUUGCUGUAUCUAUGGAGCCGUCGUGAUUGGACAGCAAAACACAGGACCAUAGCCCAAAAGCAUGGUCACUUGCCGACGAAGAGUAGGAAGCCACAGUCAAGUGAUGACUGCAAAGGAUCACUAGAUCUUCAUUAUCUGAAAGAUGACCGGACCCUUUGCGUCUGUUCUUCGUCACUUACAAAUGAUACCUCCAUGCCAAUGGGUAGGCCUGAAGAAACCAAAGACAGAGUCAAUAUAGCUGAAGAUCAAAAAGGGUGUUUUUCUCGAAAUGACAGCAGGAGACAAAGCAGGGAGAGCCAGUCUACUGGUACUUGUACGGGAAAGGCCAAUGUACCUUGUUAUCCCUCACCCAAUUUGAAGAUUGGGGAGUCUUCGUCCAAUGAUCGGUCCUCUAGAGAAAAGGCAGGUGGUAGAGAAAUUGUUGAGGAGCCGCCGGCAAAGGUAACCUCUCAUCGUCCCUCACCCAAGUGGUCAGUCAAUGACCGAUCCUCAAGAUCACAUGAAGCUCCCUUUGAGAAGGAAGUUAGCGGCAUGAAUUAUCAACAUGCUGAACCUGGCAUGUCUACGUCACAUGCUGAGAGCUUUUAUGGUGGGCGAGGAUCCACUCUCUGUGCUGAUGCCAGCAGGAUCUACGGACUGAACGACAGUAGAUAUUAUUCAACUCAGAACUUGGAGGGACCGGCGGCUCAUAUGAGGUACACUGCUAACUACAGACCUAAUGUCUCUGAACCUGAAGAGAGAUAUUGGAGGGACCUGGAGAUGUGUUCGCAUGGUCAGCAAGUUCUGAAUGUGUCUACAAGAAAUUACGUGGCAGGUCAUGAUUGCAGGUAUGGUUUUGGACUCAUGGGUUCCAUGUCUGUAUCGUCCCAGCGAGGAGACGUGUCUGCGAUGCAACGAUAUGCUCCCCGUUUGGAUGAACUGAAUCCAAUGAGAAUGAACAAUGUAAGGCCCGAGGCACCCAUGAUUCGUGGAAAUGAGCACCUUGAUCCUAACAGGGGACCGCAAUCUGGAUAUCGAGGCGAUGCUUUUGGCUUUGCUGCUGGUCCUCAUUGGCCGUACUCUCGAUAG